GCGUGCGCGCUCCGCUGCAGCGGCCCGGGGUUCGCCGGUUCGGAUCCCAGGCGUGCAUCGAUGCACCUCUUGUCAAGCCACGCUGUGGCAGCGUCCCAUGUGAAGUGGAGGAGGAUGGGCACGGAUGUUAGCCCAGGACCAGUCUUCCUCAGCAAAAAGAGGAUUGGCAGAUGUUAGCUCAGGGCCGAUCUUCCUCACACACAAAAAAAAGGGCGGGGUUGGGGAAGGGAGACAUUUACAGGGAUCGGAGCACAGGCUGCUUCUUACCUCUCCUGGGACUGCAGAGUUCUGAAAACCUGACUGGUGAUAUGGUAGAUGCACAGAUUUGUUAUAAGGGCUCAAAAUUCUCUCCCAGGAUUGGGAGGAUAAUUUUGUAUUAGAGACUGGUUCUGGAUUAUCCUUGAGUCAGAAAGAGCUCAUAUAACCAAAAGAUACUGAGCAGUAGGAUCUGCUCCAAACUUCCUCGGUCAAGUUCCCUUAGGGACUGUUUCCUGUUUAGGGAAUGUUUCAGCCGUGAGUGAGGAGGGGAGUGUUGGUGGGAAAGGAAAGUGCCCAUGGGGCUUUGGUUCCGGCUGAAGCUGGACGGAGAAGCCCAGCUUGUUGGUGCUGUGAUUUUACCUCCCAGCCCUGCCCGGUGGCCCCAGAGCGUUGGGGCUGUCCAUCCCCACCGCCCCGGGCCAGAACCCGCCCAGCCCUUGCCUGUGUCCCUGCUUGCUGUUUUCCUACCAGUGUGGCAAACAGUUUCCUGACCUCAGAGAAUUGUUCCGAAGGUCAUUGUUCCAAAGGUCCAUCUGUCCGUCUGUCCAUACAUAUGCACCCCCUCUGGAAUUCUUUGAUAUCUUUUACUCUGUGGUUGUUUCAUCUUUCUGCGUCAUCCUGUCCCUGCCUUUAAUGUCCCAUGUGUGGAACUGGAUUGACUUUAGGAGUGGCUGCUUAUGGAAGCCAGUGGUGUGUGUUAGUAACAGAAUGUUCAUUUAGAGCCAUCAUGUCUGAGAGUCUGCUGUGUCCCAGGCUUGCACCGGGCACCUUGCAUCUCUACUUAGACCUUACAAGAGUCCAGCCUGGAGGUGGUUUAUCUCCAUCUUACAGGUCUGCCAAGAUGCCCAUCAUGGUGGAAGACAUCAUGAAGCUGCUCUGCUCCAUUUCCGAGGAGAGGAAGAUGAAGGCGGCGGUCAAGCACUCUGGAAGGGGCGCCCUGGUCACAGGGGCCGUGGCUUUCGUUGGGGGAUUGGUUGGCGGCCCACCAGGACUAGCCAUUGGGGGCGCCGUCGGGGGUCUGUUAGGUGCCUGGAUGACGAGUGGACAGUUUCAGCCAGUUCCUCAGAUCAUCAUGGAGCUGCCGCCUGCCGAGCAGCAGAAGCUCUUUAACGAGGCCGCUGCCAUCAUCAGGCACCUGGAGUGGACGGACGCCGUGCAGCUGACCGCGCUGGUCAUGGGCAGCGAGGCCCUGCAGCAGCAGCUGCUGGCCAUGCUGGCGAACUACGUCACCAGGGAGCUCCGGGCGGAAGUUCGGUACGACGACUAGGCCCUCCCCGGGAGGUGAGGGUCUCAUGUGGCGACUCUCCUACCUCCUGGGAGGUGACCGGGGAGCUGGGGGAGGCCCCAUCAUCAGGGUAUCGCCUUAAACUGGAGCGAGGUCUCCUGCUGGAGAGGCUGCUGCUGUGCCGCAUCAUGUCCUGGAAAUGACUCGUGAAGACGUGUGUUCUCUGGUCGUGCGCUGACGCGCACGGACAGCCCUUCACCUGGGAAGCUGGUGAAAAGCAGAGGCGCGCCCUUGCGCACGUUGGCGGGUCUUCUGAAUCGACUCGCUCACGCGGGAGUGUGGAGGGUUGUCUCGUUCAGCCUCGUCGUCUUGUGAAGAUGCUCUGGACACACGCAUCUGUCGCAGGACUGGUUCCCACCUCGGGCCAGGGUCUCAGGACCUCGGGGCCACCGUGCUGGAAUCAUGUUUACCUCUUGACUGCGCCCCUCCCCCCGUGACUUCUGAGUGGCCUCGAGGAGGGGUCAGUCGGCCUGUUGAGUGAAGCCACAAGCGCCCGUCGCACCCCCCUUGUCCCCCCAUCCCCCACUAGCUGCAGCCUGGGCUCUCCCCCCAGGGGCCUGCUUUCCCCUUCUGAAAAGUCACGGUAGUGCUUGGGUUCUGCUUUUUAAAUUAAAUACUUUCGCAAUAGUAUCGUUCUUGCUGAAGUGGUAGGAUCAUAAUGGAUCUCCGAGAAUGUGUCCACCUGACAUCUCUCCUAAUACUGUGUUCACUGUGCUUUUGGAACCACAGCUUGACUAAGUGUCAUCAAGUUACAAUAAAUGUUUUCUGAGCA